AUGCAGACUGGCAAACAGCUUCAACUCCUUUUUGUCACAAUGUUACAGCACUGUCACCCUGCUGCACCUGGUGAACUCUGGACACAUUUCAAGGAUCACCUCUGUGAUGACCUUCUUCACCAACUUCAUCACUCUCACCCAGAGAUGACACAGGAGGAUGCAUUGGACUAUGGCCUCUAU